UAGUUUCUUUAUCCAAGAUAAACGGGUGAUCUGGUGUUACAUACUUUCAUAAAAUUAGUCAUAAGUGUCAAGGAAGUUGCGAAUCCUUCCAGUCUAGCCUUCAGAACUUGUAAGAUGCGAAUAUUCUGCUGUUUUUGUCUGAAAAGUUAUUAAAAUAUGUGGUGGAUUCUAGGCCUACUGAUAUACGUUCCUACCGGAAAUGCUCUGAGAUUAGCCGCUUAUCUUUCUUCCGGUGGUCUGCAUGGAGAAAUCCGUUUUGAACCUGCAGCAGGAAAUUCAGUGAGAAUUCGUCUUGCCCUCAAAACUACUCUUCAAUACCCGGACCAACAAUGGAUUUGGACAGUGACAAGAUUCCCUGUCGAUUAUACACAAAUCGAGGGGAGAUGCGAUCCUCAAAGAAUGGGAGAAACCGUCGUAGACCUCACUGAGAUUCUUGGACCCCUAGAGAUGCCAGGAAAUGAGACAGCGGUGAUCGAGGUUCCAUCGUUAAGUUUAACUGGGGAUGAAGGACUCUGGGGUAAAGGAUUGCUUCUUAAGGAUACUUAUAGCGACAGAAUUAUCUGUGCUUCAAUCACGGUUUCUGACAAAAAUGAGGAAAAACUUGCCGAAGCUCGAUUUCAUGGUCCUGUAGCUGGUAGCAUCUGGUUUCGAUGGCUCGGCGGUCAACCAGGAAACAAUGAAACUGAUACCAUUAUUUACACAGACCUACAUCAUGUAUCAAAACACAGAACUAUCCAACAAGAUUUCACUGAACAUCACUGGAAGGUCUACGUCACCGAUAUCUUUGAUUCUGGGAAAAAAAAUGAAGACGACAACUGCAACAUUCUGCAAACUGUCUUUGAUCCAAACAAUUAUGGAACAGGGAAGUCGAUUGGAGAUUUAGACUCUCGAUUAGGAAAAGUUAAAGUGGCAACUGACUUUAACAAGAAAUUUAAAACUGCUUAUCGUGACCUAGAGCUUGCUUUAUUACCUGCUGAUUUACUCGGUCCACAACGACUCUUGUACGUCGUUAUUUUUCACCCAACACACGACGACUCAUUUUUGGCAUGUGCCAAGAUAAAGCAUAGUAGACCAAUCAUAGCCAAGGCUUUAGUCCACUCGCAUGGUAUCAAGGGACAGGUGACACUGAAGCAAGAAUCGCCGUUUAAUCCAACCCUUGUGGAUUUCUCUCUCACGCCAGUGAAUGACCUUGCUACUCGACUUCGAUAUGCCACAAAAUUAGCAUACUAUCGAAUCCACGAAUUACCACAGCUGCCUACAGGAAGUACAAGCCAAGUCGAGAAUCCUUGUCUUUCAACAAAAGAGAUGUAUGACCCUCUUAGAACUCAUAGCAACAAUACACCGCCAGCAGGGUACGGUACACAAGAUCAAUAUGCUAUUGGAGAUAUUUCUGGCAAACUUCAAGACCGGAGAGAGGGAACUUACCAUAAAAGUAUUCUACCUGGUAGUGCUGAGCUUAGCGGAGCUUAUUGGGAUGCCUAUCUACCUCUUUCUGGUAUCCACAGUGUAGUGCAUCGGUCCCUUGUUAUCCACAAGUACAACGAAACUGAUAACACAGGAGUUAUUCCCUGGAUUUGUGCCAGCUUCAUGCAUCACCUACCCAACAAUGCCGGCCAGAUGCCAAUGUUAACUGCUGAAGUAAUUUUCAGAUAUCCUAUUGUCGGAAGAAUUAUUUUCAGACAGCCAAAACACGAUUCUUUAAUGGACACCACUGUUAUAAUUGAAAACUUGGUGCACGCCGAUGGUAGUUCGCUCAACAACUCUGCAGAACAUAGAUGGAUGGUACAUGAGAACGCUCCAGGACAAGAUUACUAUAAUUGGAGCGCCCGAUGUCUCAGCAGUGGUAGUCCCUACAACCCACACAAGGUUUAUUGGGAUCCCGACCAUCCCGAGCUGUGUUCAGGAAAUGGAAUAACGCUUUGUCGCUUAGGCGAUCUUUCUAGACACGAAACUCUCCAGAUCGCUGGACGUAAACAAUUCGGACAGAAACUUACUCGUAAAUUAUUUACCGAUCCUCUGCUUCCUCUAACAGGCUCCGCUACCAUUCUAGGAAAAAGUUUAGUUAUUUACGACGAUCACGGCCCCGUUGCUCGUGGAGAAAGAUUAGCGUGUUCAAUAAUCAGUGCGGUGUACAGAAGAAAGGCUGUUGUGAGAGAUUGGUUUGGCAAUGGGGAGCCGACAUCGGCAAAAGGGAAAUUGGAAUUUAUACAACAAACUGAAUACGACGUUACCGAUGUUGAAGUUCAUCUGGAAGGACUCAAUGGGUUGAUGAGCGGGUAUCACAUUCACAUGACUCCUGUGGAAAUUGAUUUAGAGUUUCCCUGCGAAGCUGCCUCCCUUUUGGGCCAGUGGAAUCCCCUGGGUGUGAAUGUCAGCCAUUUACCUUUGCCAGCGGAGGGGACUGAAGAUCAGUACAGAAUGGGUGACCUGAGUGGAAAGUUCGGAACAUUAGAAAAUCGAAAAAAAUAUACUCACACCUACAACGAUACUCUACUUCCUCUCUUUGGAAUUCAUAGUAUUUUAGGAAGAAGUGUUGUUAUUCAUAACAAAAACAGAAAUCUCAGAUGGGCUUGUUCCACGAUCGAAAGAGGAUACGCACCCUCCGAAGCCAGAGAAUUGAGAGCGAUCGCCUCGUUCCACCAUCCUCAAGGGUUUGCGUACGGAUAUGUUAAAAUGACGCAGUUGGUGUACAGAGAUAAUACUAAAAGCGAAACGAUCAUAGAAGUGAAGCUUCGUCAUCCAGGGAAGAACGACCGUAACGUCACAAGAAAUCACAAUUGGGCCAUCUAUGUGAAUCCUGUCGGUGUCGAUGCGACUGUGAAAGUUCCUGCAACGCGAUGCGUAGCUGGUGGCUAUAUAUGGAAUCCAUAUUUCACUCAGUUAGCAGAUCCGUUGAACGAAGAUCUGUACAGACAAGAAUGUGGAACUGAUCUACCACUGCGAUGCCACGUUGGGGAUAUCUCUGCUAGAUUAGGACCCAUUGACAUUGGUCUAGACAGACAAGUUUUUACAGAUCCAAACUUCCCAUUGGAAGGUGUUGUUACUGCAAUGGGCAAAUCCAUUGUAAUACUCGACAAAGAUUUUGGUCGGGAUAGAUUCGCGUGUGCAAAUAUCGAACCUGAUAACGAUAUUGUAAAGUAUGUCAAUAUCCGAAAACCUCCGAGAUUUGUCGUAGCACAGUUUAUAGAAGAUGUCAGAGAAGUAAUGGGUAUUCCUGAAUGGAUGCUAUCAGUUGACAGCAGGAAGACCAAAACUCUACAUAAUGGAGGGUGCAUUCAGUUCUUGAUGCACUUCAAAGGGCCCAUCGCUAAUCAGCUGGAGCAAGAUUUCAGCAAAUUGAUGUCAACUGGAAAGCUCAAGUCACCAAGCCUAGCGAUUCCGGGUUUCAUUCCCAAGAAACGACGCGAGACCGUUGGCUAUCGGCAAUGUGGUAUUCGAGAUCCUAAUGAUAAAAGUUUUACAUUAUUCCAGUUCAACGCUGCGCCAGUUAUAAUAGUUCCUCAAUCCUUCAUGUUUGCGUUAGCAAUAGUCGUUUGUAUAUUCACGAGUUGAAUUAUCAAGUAAACGACCAUGGCUAUUGAGAGUUCUGUAAAUAUUUUAGAAUUUCUUAAUAAAUUACGAAUUAAGAUCUA